AUGAAAUAAUAUGAAUAUAUUUAAAGUAAAAGUUUAAAAUAAAAAAAUGAGUUAAAUUAACAAACAAAAAAGCAAAUAAAUAAAUAAAAAUAACAUAAGCACAAUAAAAAAGAAAGAAAAAAAUCAAAUAUAAACCUAAUAAAUAUAUUAAAAGAGUUAGCUAAAUUUUAUUAUUAAAAAAAUAUCAAUAUUUGGUUUCUUUUAUUGAAAAAUAUUUUUUUGCUUCUUUUUAAUAUUAUUGAAAAUAUAUUUAAAUACAAUAAGCACAUAAUUACUUUGUAUACAUAUAAUAAUAUAUAUAGCCCAUCCAUAAAAAGUAAUAAAUCUAUUUAUAUUUUAAAUUAAAUUAUAUUAAAGCAUAUUAUGUCAUAUUAUUCAAAUAUAUUUAUAUUUAUUUAUUCUUCCUUUUUUCACAACUUUAUGAUCAAAAAAUCCAAAGUUUUAAGACAACUAAUCUAUUUGAUUUAUGACACUUUGCUUAGAAUUAUUAUAAACUAUUGA